CCUUACUCCGGUAUUUCUGAACAAUACCUGUAGCGGUCACUCUGCCACGAGAAAUUUAUUAUUAUAACGUAUCGCUCUCGGUUGCAAAAUACGAGGUAACGGUCGCCUUCGAAAGAAUAUUUGUGCAGAUUUUUAACCGCCAAGUGCAUUUACUAGCCUAGCAAUAUGAGUAAACCUGGCAGUGCUCCUCCGCAGUUCACCUAUGUGCCGCCCCCUUCGGCCCCGCCCUCUUACCAGGAGGCGGUGGGCGGGGUGAAACCCGUGGGUCCAUAUACGCCAGUGGUGGCGCCCGCAACCAACGCAAAUACCACAAUUGUGACCACGGUUGUGCCCAUUAGUCGCACUUCGACGCACAUGAUCUGUCCAUCGUGCCAUGCCGAGAUCGAGACGACCACGCGCACCGAGCCCGGAAUGAUUGCCUACUUGUCCGGAUUUUUGAUUGCCCUGUUCGGUUGCUGGCUGGGAUGCUGCCUAAUACCUUGCUGCAUCGACGACUGCAUGGAUGUGCAUCACUCGUGCCCCAACUGCCGCGCAUAUUUGGGGCGAUACCGUCGAUAGGAUCGAUUGAAUGAGCAGGUCCAGCGGUUCCGUGGUGUAGAUUGAUUACUUUAAGCAAGCGUUUUUGCCUUUAUUUAUUUAAUUGUAGUAAUGUCAUUUGGAUUCCACAGCGAAGGCAGAUGGAAAGAGCCAAGGCUUCCCUUAAUCUAACGCUAACUCGCUAAAUUGCUCCGCCGUUUUUCAUUUUGGUUCGCAAAAUCCUUAAUUGUUUCGUGUAUGUUUCUGCCACGCUAAAGAUAGUAAUACAUUAAAAUAUCCAGCGCUUCGCAGACAGGACAGCCACUACAAAAACUUAAAUAAUAAAUCCGCCUUUCUACGUACCCAUAUAUGUAUGUACUACCCUGAUUACGAGCACAAAAGUCGCUUGUACGUCCAUUUUGAAGAACAGGCCCUUUAAUAUUUGCACAAAUUGUAAAUCUUUUGAAGACCAUCUUAGGUUUUUCGCACAUUGUUUGAUGAAUAAAUGGCUUAGAAUGUAGUCAAAAAGACAAAAUACAACAUAUUUUUGUAACAAAACGUAAAUGUCUUCAGCAAAAGUGCAUAUUGUGCAUACUAUGGAAGUUAAUCUCCCUAAUAAUUAAUCAUGAAAUCUAUAUAAUUGACUCUUCAUUUUUAAAUAAACUGGAAAAUGUCACCAAAGA